AUGAAAUUAUCACCAGAAAAAGUCCGGGACUUGCAGAGUUCCACGGCCAAUGUCAGGAAUAUCUGUAUUUUGGCACACGUGGAUCACGGAAAGACGUCUUUGAGCGACUCUCUCUUGGCCACAAACGGAAUUAUAUCACAGAGAAUGGCAGGCAAGGUCAGGUACUUGGACUCCAGAGAAGACGAGCAACUAAGAGGCAUUACCAUGGAGCUGUCGGCAAUUUCGCUAUAUUUCAGGGUCAUGAGAAAGAAGGAGGGUUCGGAGGAGGCCGAGGUCAAGGAGCAUCUCAUCAAUCUUAUUGAUCUGCCUGGUCAUAUUGAUUUCUCCUCUGAGGUGUCCACCGCCUCUCGUUUGUGUGAUGGAGCUGUUGUUUUGGUGGAUGUUGUUGAAGGCGUUUGCUCUCAGACGGUCAAUGUGCUUAGACAGUGCUGGGUGGACCGUUUGAAGCCGCUUUUGGUGCUUAACAAGAUGGAUCGGUUGAUCACAGAAUUGCAGUUUUCGCCACUCGAGGCGUACCAGCACUUGCUGCGGCUUGUCGAGCAGGUGAACUCCGUAAUUGGUUCAUUCUACGCUGGCGACCGAAUGGAAGACGAUAUGAAGUGGAGAGAGGCUGGAGCUGAAGGGGAGUUUGUAGAGAAGUCCGAUCUGGAUCUCUACUUUUCUUCCGAGAACAACAAUGUCAUUUUCGCUUCGGCCGUGGACGGCUGGGCAUUUUCUAUCAACACUUUUGCACGCAUAUACCUGGCCAAACUAGGCUUUUCCCAUGCAGCCUUGUCCAAGACGCUAUGGGGUGAUUUCUACUUGGACAUGAAGAACAAGAAGGUGAUUCCGGGGCUGAAGUUGAAACCAUCCCAGUCUUCGCUCAAGCCGCUUUUUGUCUCGUUGGUGUUGGAACAGAUCUGGAAUAUCUACGACGCCUGUGUUUUGAAUAGAGACGACGAGAAGCUCGAAAAGAUCACCAGCAAACUCGGCUCCAAGCUCUCACCUCGUGAUUUGCGUUCUACAGACUACAAGGCGUUGCUUAAUCUGAUCAUGUCGCAAUGGAUACCUUUGAGUCAUGCCCUUCUUGGUGCCGUGAUUGAGUACUUGCCCAAUCCAUCUGUUGCUCAGGAGCUGAGAAUGGAGAAGAUCUUGGAUGAGUGCAUCUACAGCGCUGUUCCUGAAACCACGAAGGAGCAGUUGCUUGAUGCUGGUUUCAAGAAGGCGCUAGAGGCGUGUGACUCGAAUUCAGCCGAUUCACAUACCCUCGCAUACAUUUCCAAGAUGCUCUCGAUUCCCAAUGCUGAGCUUCCAAAGGAAGCCACCAUUGUUCCUAGUGCCGAAGAACUCCAAGAAAGAAGCCGAAAGGCUCGUGAAAUCGCCAAAAAAGCUUCGGAUGCUGCUGCUGCUUUGGCUGAUGCCCGUUUGGAACAAGAAGACGGCGGUGAAAUAUACCUCGAAACCAAGCCAGAUCAGUUCCAGUGGGAGUUCGAGGAGGAUCCCGAUGAAGAGGAGGAAACUGAGGUGGAGAAGGAAACGCUUAUUGCUUUCACAAGAGUUUACUCCGGUAAGUUAUCUCGUGGUCAGAGGGUUUGUGUGGUGGGUCCAAAAUAUGACCCAGCUUUGGGCAAAAACCACCCGUCCAACAUUGAGCAGCUCCGUGAGGAUGUUGAAAUCCAGGAUCUCCUUCUAAUUAUGGGUCGUGAGUUCGUCAGAGUCGACUCCGUUCCUGCUGGUAACAUUGUUGGAUUGGUGGGUUUGGGAGACCUCGUGCUCAAGAAUGCUACCAUCAUGUCUGAGGUGCCUGAGGAGAAACCAUACCUUAAUUUUGCCUCUACAGCCACCUUGAUCCACAACAAGCCUAUCAUGAGAGUGGCCAUUGAGCCUGACAAUUUGCUUAAGUUGUACAAGCUCGAGAAGGGAUUGGAGUUGCUUACCAAAGCUGAUCCUGUUCUUGAGUGGUACAUUGAUGACGAUUCCGGUGAACUUAUCGUGUGUGUAGCUGGUGAGCUUCAUCUUGAAAGAUGUCUCAAAGACCUUGAAACCCGUUUUGCGCCUGGGUGUGAGGUGGUUAUCAAGGAGCCUGUCAUUCCUUUUAGAGAAGGCUUGAAUGCUGACGCCAAGCCGUCAAUCACAAAGGAGGAGCUCGAAAACGACAGUGAGGCUGAAGAGGAGGAAGUUGAAGAGGAUGAGGUUGAUUUGCAAAUUGACGUUUUCCCGUUGCCUGAUGAGGUGACAAGCUUUUUGACAAAGAGCGAGCUUGAGAUCAAGGAGUUGGUGAACUCUAGACUCUCCAACAACCCAGAGGAUUUCGAGAAGCAUGUUACCUCGUUUCAUGAAAAGAUUGUCGCUGUUCUUGAGCAGCAUCCUCUUCCUCGUGAGGUGCUCGAUAUCUUCAAGUCAGUGACGGCUUUUGUGGACAAUAUCAUCAGUUUUGGACCGAAACGAGUUGGUGCUAACGUUUUUGUGGAGGCACCCUCGAAUGGCCAACAAUUCCGCAGAGUUCUAGCCAAAGAGAAUGAAGAGGCCAAACGGUUUGAAUUUGAGUCUAACGUUCUAGGAGGUUUCCAAUUGGCAAUGCAUGAAGGACCACUUUGCUCCGAGCCCAUUCAAGGCACGAUUGUGGUUCUUCAAAAAUCCUACAGACCCGACACCGAGGAGGUUUUGCUUAAUUUGGCAGGAAGAAUCCUCAAACAGACUAAGCAGCUCAUCCACAAGGGCUUCCUUCUCAAUGCUCCAAGGCUCUUCCUCGCCAUGUACACCUGUGAAAUCCAGACUUCGCCAGAGGUGCUCGGAAAGGUGUACGUUGUGAUUCAAAAAAGAGGAGGCUCCAUCAUUUCUGAAGAGAUGAAAGAGGGCACACCUUUCUUCACGAUCAAUGCUCGAAUUCCCGUUGUUGAGGCGUUUGGAUUUUCUGAAGAAAUCCGUAAAAGAACGUCCGGUGCCGCAAGUCCCCAGCUUGUGUUUGACGGCUUCGACAUGCUAGACAUUGAUCCGUUCUGGGUGCCUCAUACUGAAGAAGAGCUCGAAGAGCUUGGAACAUUUGCCGAGAGAGAGAAUGUCGCCAGAAGGUACAUGAACAACAUCAGAAGAAGAAAGGGACUUUUCGUGGAUGAAAAAGUUGUCCAGAAUGCCGAAAAGCAAAGGACAUUGAAAAAAGACUAA